AAGAACCCCUUAGAAUAUUUGGAAGGGAGUGGCACGGACAUUAUUGGAGGCGCGAUUGUGUCGGUUUUGCGGUCGAGAGCUCUGCAUGAUGGAGAUCCAAGUCCCGGCUUCGAGCUCCGUGUGCAAAAUGCCAAGGAGACGAACGAGAUCAUACCUCUGCGUGAUGGCGAGUUGGGGCCGGCGAUUGCCUAUCCACGCUAUAUGGAGGUGGACCGAAAGACUUUUGUCGCUGUGUCGCGGCUGUUUGUAGGUGAAGACAAUGUGCUGGCCGACUACCACAGACUCGAUCCUGGUAACGGUACGGUUUCGGAGGUUAGAAACGUGCAGGAUUUGAACUAUUUGAUGGGGUCUGCCCAUGGCGUGUACUGUGAGUUCUGGACGAUGCGCAUUCAGCCGUUGAACGGAACGAAAGAGUACAACACGACCUUCUGGUUCGAGAGAAAAGACGCGCUAGUCGCCUCCGCAACUACAGUCUUAUGUGACGCUGUGAGCUGGCCGGUGGCGCAGCAGAUUUACGUGCGUGUGGUCCCAGGAUUCGCGACAAGCACGGUCACGGUGCGGCCGCAUGAUGACAAGCGCAUCACAAAAAUUUUGUUUUCGCCAGAAUCCACGGACACCAGCUUCGUAGACCUGAUGCAGGGUCGUUACCACGAGGAUCCUAUCUAUUUUCCGCCCCAGCUGACUUUUGUGCAUCCUCCAGCGAUAUUCACCGGUGUGACGAAGAAGGUCGAAGUCUUCGCGUUUGGCAUGAACUUUCCUCAGGAGGAUUUCCGUGUGCGCAGCCGCUACUCACUUUUGCGACGGGACGCUGGGGGCAUUGAUGAGGUGGAGUAUUUGCACGUCUACCAGUGCGUCUGGCAUUCUCCGUUUAUCACGACGGCCGCAAACAGCACUUUGCGACUAAAUAUCGAGAAAAACGAGUACUACAUCGCCGACGCGAACGGCAACCGCGAAGGUGGCGGCAUCGGGACAAUGCCAGCGGAAAUCCUCAACAUUUCGCUGGGCGACGCAUACGCAAAUUUAGGCCCUUUCUCGCAGAAGCGCAGGACUGCGCCAGCGUACUGGAUCAACAGUGGACUGCUCAGCUGCGGUCCCGCGCCCACAGGAUACGAGUUGGGUGCUUUUUUCGGUGCGCCGGUAAAAGUGCGAGACGUGCGAAGCGGGAAGCGGAUCUACGAGGACUUCGUAGUGAAACUGUCAAUUUAUCAUGGCGAAACGCACAUCGGCAGCAGCGAUCUCACAUAUGUAAACACAGCAGCAGAAACGAUUCACGUCCCAAAGAAAGUGAUAUUCGACUUUGACAAGGGGGCAGAUAUCCGCGUAGAGCGCGUGGGGGACUACACUACUGACGCGAUGCAGUACUUUUCGCAGGGUGGCGGGCUCUUUGACGAUCCCAUCUUUCUGACGCAUUGCGGCAUAGAAACUGCCAGCGAGACCUAUCGGGAUGGGCGCGUGACCUUUGUAGGUAGCAAGGAGGUGCGUUGUCGGCUCUUCGGCGCAACGAAGGCCAUGCGCGGAAAGUUUUUCAUCCGUGCCGGCGAAGUAGACCUGAUUCCGCCCACGGAUAUGCUUCUGGAGCCCAAAGGAAUCACGAACAGUGUGACGAAGCAUCUGAACUUGGUUGUUGUGGGAGGCGACGGUCCAGCGCCGUUUCGCUGGCGUGAUGAUCGUGGAGACUUUGGGCAUCAUCGGCACUUGAAGUACGAUCGUCCGCUGUUGGACGGCAAUGGUCGCUUCGAUCCCGUUGCUGCCGCUAACAAUUCCCUGGCGCUACCGGACAAAAUCGCCUCUAAUGAGUAUCUCACACGACGUUGGGCUCUUGACUACGAGUAUCCUGCGGGCGACAUUGAUGCAAAGCGGCCUGUGCGAAAGUGCGUGUUUAAGCUCAACGAUCGCGCGCCAGCGGACGCUAUUUUUGAAUUUCCCGCUAUCGCAUUGGCUGGCGAGGAAGUCUAUGCGUGCGCUGACGAUGCCUGGACAACAUCCGGCAACUUGACUCUCACACUACCGCACUAUGGCUUGUAUCAAGCGGAUCUGAUCGACCAACACGCGACGAAUUCUCCGGUUUUUGAGUCCAAGCAAAAGGUUUUCGUGACCAAGAAGUGGCAACUGGAUUCCAUCUACCCCAAUGUUAUCAACGUCCUACAGCCUCCCUUUCCAACUCGCGGCGGGGCGCGCGUAUAUCCAGAGGUGCGCGUCACGACAUCCUCACUGCGCCAGACACUGCAAAUGAUUUCGGACCUGCCAACACUCGCAAGCUCCCUGUCAUGCGCCUUUCGUGACUUUCCCAGAGAUUCUGCUGGCUCUACCGGCUAUUAUGGUCGAUUACUCGGGCGAACGCCAGUCCGCAUCAUCUCCGACACCGAAUUGACCUGCCCUUUGCCCAGGAUCGGAUACUACGGCGAGGAUGCUCCCGUUCCCGGCAGCGCCCAACACAAUGGACUGUCGGACAAGAUGGGCUGGCAGCUUGAAGUCGCCGAGAUGGCAAAGAGCCCCUUGCUCGAAGCGUCGCUGACACUCUUUCGACCGCCACAGCCAACGCACGUAUAUCCUCCGCAGACGCACUUGAAUCAGCUUCAUGGUCUGCGUGUGUUUUUCACGAAGGACAGUAUCAACUGGGUGGACGCGGAUGUAGCACGCAUGACCACUUACUGCCGAGCACGCGAUCCGAUUUCCGGUUUUUCGAAGACGUACCCGGUAAAGGAAGUGCGACAUGACGAAUUCUACUGCAUUGGUCUCGAAGCGUUUAAGGUCGGCGAUUUGGAAAUCAGUAUUGAGUCGGUAAACGGACUGCGGUCUGGCUCCGUCACCUUGCCGGUCCAGGCACCUCUCGUUACCGCCACGUCAUACGCGUCUUCGGAUCGCCGCGGGGGCAGGGCGAUUGACCGUCGGGUGACUACGCUUGCUGACCGGCACUUUCAGCCGAUCAUCCGCGAGCCUGGUGCCAAAGGCGAGAAGAGCUACGCAAAAGCGGAUGUGCCAACAUUGACUUUGGUGACACCGGACCACUCAGACUACAACCUGAACGAAGCAGUUUUCAAACAAGUGCCUGCUGUGAUGGAGAAAGAACGUUAUCCCAGACGGUGCUUUUUGGACGGAAUCGAGGUCCCAAUGACUGAGGACGGCGUCGCGACGUGCAAGACGCCGAUCUUCGGAGAUUUAUGGGGUAGCACGCCAAUUCCCAAGCAAACGGCUGCUCGGGAAGCCAGAGAACUUGACGGCAAAACGUACACAGACGACAUUGAGUACUCGCAUCUCUCUCUGUCGCCGCAUGCAGAGGUGAAUGCACGAAACGUGGAUGCAGUGGUCCGAUUGAGUCGAGCAGUCGCGCCUCUCGGUCUCACCGAACGCUCAGGUGGUGAGAUUGGCAAUACCGCGCGAUUCAUUUCGCAGUGCGUUGAGGAGGGAGAUCCCACGCGAGAUGCCCUGCGGGAAGAUGGAGACUUGCACAAUUUCACUAACUUACUCGGCGAGCUGCAGUCUUGUUCUCUGCCCGAGCAUCGUGCCGCCUCUUUCGUCAAGCUCCGUGCAGAAGGUGCGCAGCCCUAUCUAGCAGGUAGUCUUUAUUGUCGCUCAGACUUGAACUCGAUGCCCGAAAGCUGGUUGCAUCGCGAGGCCAAGAUUCGCGGGUCGCACGAUCUUGACUGCUCGUUGUUAUCCACGCGAAAGUUUCCGGGUGUGCAGGUACUCAGCGUGAUGGCCGACAGCUCAUCAGCUUCAGUCGGUGCGGUGGCAGUCCGCGUCUCACCUUUGUCGAGUUUUUUCUCGUACCCAACGCGGAACUUCUUCGGGAAGCAGACACAGUACCGCUUUGGCCGCGUGCCUCAGGUACAGCUGCACGGUCGAGAAAUCGGCGAGAUUCGUGACCCCUUUUGCAAAUUCACGAUCCCCAGGACGGUCCGCGAGCAAGCGGCCUACGGGCAGUCUGUCUACUACGAAGCGGAGAAUCGUUUCACCGUGGUAGAGGGAGACACGCUGGCAACGUAUCCCGCUGGAAGCGCGCAUGGUGUCCGUUGUCGAAUACCGGAAAAGUACGAAUUCGACCGGAACUCCAGAACCGUGUUCUACGCUAAUGUCUUUGACGGGCGCAACAACCGCAUUUUCAGUGAUGAGGGCGGUCAACGGAUCACAGAUUUCAACACACGAGAGAUGAGAUUCACUCUGAGCCCGAUCUCUCAGGAAGCUCGUGGCCUGGUCUUUCCGGAGCAUGCUCGCAGUGAAUUGUUCUUUGAGUUCACCAACCUAGAGCUGCCGCGCCACUUCGAUCUGAGUGCCCUCUUGCCUGCCGUGGCGGCGUCCGCGUGCCUCUUUUGCAAUGGGGAACGCACGCAAGCACGCGUGGACUACCUGGAUAGCGACAAGCCGGUGAUUGUGUGUCCGACUCCAAGUUUGAAUCUGGAGAGCUGGGUGCACUGUCCAGUAAAGGUGUCAGUAGACGGCGUGAACAUUCUGUUUGAGUCGCGACCACAAGCUGCGCGGCUGAGGGCUGCCAAAUC